CACAUGGUUACGUUAUGUCCUUAAAAGUGUGUUGCACGCAAAGCUUGUUAACUUUAAACCGUUCACAAUUGACAACUUAUCAUGAAGAUUGAAGAAGUUCAAAGUACCACUAAGACUCAACGCAUUGCAGCCCAUAGUCAUGUUAAAGGGCUUGGACUUAAUGAGGAUGGUGCAGCCAUUAGCAUAGCAUCUGGUUUAGUUGGCCAAGAAAAUGCUCGGGAGGCAUGUGGUAUUGUUGUGGAGCUAAUCAAGUGCAAGAAGAUGGCAGGAAGGGCCAUUCUUCUUGCUGGCCCACCUGGCACUGGAAAAACAGCUUUAGCACUAGCAAUCGCCCAAGAACUUGGUCCUAAAGUUCCAUUUUGCCCUAUGGUAGGAAGUGAAGUUUACUCUACUGAAGUAAAAAAAACUGAAGUCUUAAUGGAAAAUUUUCGUAGAGCUAUAGGUUUGCGUAUUAAAGAGACCAAAGAAGUUUAUGAAGGUGAAGUUACUGAGCUAACUCCAUUUGAAACAGAAAAUCCAUUAGGGGGGUAUGGAAAAACUAUAAGUCACAUUAUUAUUGGACUGAAGACAGCUAAAGGAACAAAACAGCUUAAGCUUGAUCCAUCAAUCUAUGAGAGCUUGCAGAAAGAAAAAGUUGAAACUGGUGAUGUAAUUUAUAUUGAAGCAAAUAGUGGUUCUGUCAAAAGAUUAGGACGCUCAGAUGCUUUUGCAACAGAAUUUGACUUAGAGGCAGAGGAGUAUGUACCAUUACCCAAAGGUGAUGUCCAUAAGAAGAAAGAAAUAGUACAAGAUGUUACUUUACAUGAUCUGGACAUAGCUAAUGCUCGUCCACAAGGUGGUCAAGACAUUUUGUCAAUGAUGGGUCAACUCAUGAAACCGAAGAAAACUGAAAUCACAGAUAAACUUCGUAAAGAAAUAAAUAAAGUGGUCAAUAAAUAUAUAGAUCAAGGAGUUGCUGAGUUAGUUCCAGGUGUAUUAUUUAUUGAUGAGGUGCAUAUGCUGGAUAUAGAAUGCUUUACGUAUCUCCAUAAAGCGCUUGAGUCUUCCCUUUCUCCAAUUGUAAUUUUUGCUACAAAUCGUGGUACUUGCACAAUACGCGGAACAGAUGUGAGAUCACCACAUGGUAUGCCUCUAGACUUGCUAGACCGUGUUAUGAUCAUCCGUACAAUGCCAUACUCUCAAGAUGAAAUGAGGCAAAUUUUAAAAAUACGUACUCAAAUUGAGGGAAUAUCUGUUGAUGAAGAGUCAAUUGUUGAACUUGCUUCUAUUGGAAAUAAAUCAACACUGAGGUAUGCUGUUCAAUUUUUAACUCCGGCUUCAGUGUUAGCUAGUAUUAAUGGACAAGAGUCUGUUACUAUAGCAGAGGUUAAUGAAAUUAAUGAACUAUUUUAUGAUGCUAAGUCUUCUGCAAAGUUAUUACAAGAGCAGGAAGAUAAAUAUAUGAAGUAAAAAUCAUUGAAGUAUGUUUUUGUGUAUAUAAAUUUGAUAGUAUCCUUGGUGACUUUGUAAUGUUAUUGACAAGUUAUUUAGAUUUGUUUUUCAAGUGCUUUGUGUGUUCUUAAAAAUUCACACAAAUUUGACAACAAA